AUGUUUGAUAUUCUUACGCCACCAGUCAGUUUAGUAAAUGUGUUAUAGUAAGAAAAAUUUUAGAGGGCGUACAUAUUCGUCUUUCGUAGUCAAAGUAAUUUGUAGUCGAUCGCAGCGUCAGUCGUCUUAUCGUUAGUUUGGGUUUCGUUCCCGUCGUGCACGCUUUUUACGUGUUUGUUUCUACCACUUUUUCUUUUGAAGAAACAGUGUCAAGAUUGAUCGAAUCGUUUAUCCUCAUCGGAAAUUGGAAUCGAGUCUGAACCGCGUGAAUUCGGGAGCCGGGUAAUCGGUUGAUUGCGCUAAGUGGAAACCUUGUUCCGAGAUACGUCCAUAAAUCAAAUGGUUUUUACACGAUUGUUUCUUUCCUUUCUUUUUUUUUUGUCACGAUCCGAGUCGGCGCCAAUGAACGCAGCUGAUCGUUAUGUACACGCGGGCAUAGGCUCUCUCUCUCUCUCUCUCUCUCUUUCGAGAGAUGCGAAAUUAUCCUUUGAGGCGUUCGCGAUAAGGAAUGCCGACAGGUGCUCGCUGUUCGAACUGGUUACGUUGUUCCUCGCGUUCCUGGGCAAUUUCAGUUUUUUACGUUGAGUCACGUCUUCGUUGGCUCGAAAUCCUGUCGAAGCAUCGUCGAGCAUGGUUCGGAGUUAAAAUUCGAAAAGAUCCAGUCGUGUUUCCGACACGGGUCGAAACGAGCUUCGAGUUGAAAUUCAUAAAGGUUGCGAUCUUUUGCUCGAGAGCCGUGCACGAAUCUCCAUACGUUCGAAUGAAACGAAACAGGGACUCUAAGUACCUUUUAUAAAAUACUCGAGCUAAGAGACGAACAACGAUGGUAUAAACACCUCUCGUCGGUCCAAUCAACCGUUCCCGAAACCCCGUUUUAAUAAUCAUGAAUCAACUAUUACGAACGAUCGUUUGUUCUCGCGCGCGCGUUCUUUUCUCUCGAGAUCCAUUUAAAUACCAACUGGCUGGCUCAGCAGUAUAUAGUGGUCCCACUAUCGGAGAUUCGCGCAAUGAAUUGCCGCCAGUGGCCAAUAAUUCGACCGUGUAAUCAACUUAUCUCUCGACACUCUACUCCGAAACGAAGAUACGAGACACCGUCGUAUCAGCUUACUCAAGACGAUUCUCGUAUCGUGAAAAAAAAAAAAAAUAUAUAUAUAUAUAUAUAUUGUAGCUCCGUUUUUCAGGUUUCUCGAUUCUGCGGCGCAUGCAAAUGAAACGUUUCGCUUCGUUAACGACAUACAUUCGUGUACGUGCGGUAUUUCAGGCGGUGAGAUUACGUGUCCGAUUGCGCGAGUACUGGUCAGCAAUGAAAUCAGCCGGGGGAAGAGAAGAGAAGAGAAUAAAAGUAAGGAAGAAGAACGGGAAACGAAUUCUUACAGUAUUUUCUGAAAACCAGCGUAGAAAGCGAGAUCGAGGGCCGUGCAGCGAGUGUGUGUUCCGAUCGUUGCAAACGAUCGCGUGUAACGGCGAUGGCGGGGCCUGUUUAAUUUAUCCGACGCGAGACCGUGUAGCAACUGACUCUCUUCGCAGUCAGAGGAGAGAAAAAUUAGGACGUUGUAUCGACAGUCCGGACGCGUCGCCAGAGUCUCACGUACUUGUUUCACGCGUGCGAGGCAUCGCGAUGCACUGGCGAAGGACCGAUGAACCUCCUUUCGAGGGACGAGCAUUAAUUUCCUCGCUCUCGACAGGGAUUAGUUCGUCGAACAGUUCUUCGAACAGCGAUACGUAUCGCAGGCGCCGCGACUCUUACAGCGCCGCGAUGAUCAACGAGAAGCCGACUGCCGACGAAUCUUCCGAAAGCAGUCGUCGCGCGGACACUUCAGUAAAAUGUCAGCAGUUGGUGGUUCAGAAGGUGUCAAAAUUACCGGACAAUUGCAGCCUAGAGUCAGAGUGUUGGUCCACAGAAAGUUCCGUGUUGAAACGCGAGCUGGCUAGAACUCCGUCGACGGACACCAGCAGGUCUUGGAACGAGAGCAUCGAGAUGCCAGAGAUGUUCACGUCGCAUCCGGAAUUAUGGGGCAGAUUGGCCAGGUGUCGUUGCUUUCUCGCGGCGAAGCUGUCGAUCUCGUCCGAUUGUCAGUGUCAGUGUCGUUGCCAGUGCCGAUGCAGUCAGUGUCAGUACCAUCGUCGCAAGUUCUCCAGUUGUUCGAGCCGAGAUCACACGUUCCUUCAAUCGAGUUUCAAAAGAAAGGACUCCAGUUAUUCGGUGUCCACCUGCCAGAGUAUCCUUCCGCCUUCUUCCGGCAGGAACUCCGUCGUCAGUCUGUGCCACGAGAUGAAGGAGGAGGGUCGCUUGGAGACUCGCCUCGUCGGCGAGGUGAUCCAACGUCGGCACUCGGAUCAAACGCAAUCGCCACGCGGCUGUAAGAUCGGCCGCGCGGAUAAUCGCCGAUUCUCUGAACAAACGCUCGCUAGAAGCUCGAUCGAGCGCGUCAGAAGAAACAGCGGCAGCGGCUGCGACGAGCCGGUUGCCACCAACAGGCCGAUCGUCACGAGAACCUGUCCGCGCUUUUUCCCGGAGAAGGCCGCCGGAAUUAGCCAGUCUUGGUCGCGGUUGCGCAACCAGAGUCGCGAGACCGAUCCGCUGAAAGAAACGUCGCCCCAGAGAAACAUUGACGUCGGAUCGGUGACGUCAGGGCAAAAAAAAAGGAAGAAGGACGAGUGUCUGAGAGACGCAGCGUCGAACGAACGUCGAAGGAGCAGCGCGAGCAUCACGCCGAAAAUGAUGAGGAGACGAUUCUCCGAGCAACUGAUCCUCGAAGGUGGACUGGGCAGCAUUCCCGAUUACGAGGAUCUGCUGCAGCAGCCGGAGGAAGGUGACGAGUCUCUCACCGCGGCGAAUGCUCGCAAGAAAAUCACCCUCAAGAGGCAUUAUUAUCCUGAGGGUGGCUGGGGCCGCGUGAUCGCAUUAGUCGCGAUUCUUGUGCAACUGAUCUGCCACGGGUUGCAGCUUGGAUCCGGUGUGUUGCUGUCGUCGACGCUCCGACAGUUUCGACGUAGCGUGGAGCACGCAGGUAGGGAUUCAGGGAAUCGAAAGCUUUUCUUUCUUUUCUUUUCUUGAAUUGAAGCGAAGUUACAAGUCGCUGCCUGUUACCGAUUGUAUUUCUGAAAUUAAAGUUGGCAAAGUACCAAGGAUCGAAGCGGUCGCUUCAAAAUUUUAA